AAAGAGCCGCUAAACAAGAACUAGCCCUAAAAAAAAAAAAAAAAGUAAAAGAAAAACGCUAAGCCAUGGAACGCGGGAGCCUCUAUCCCAAUGUCGCUGAUGCGAGCUCAGCUGCGGCGCCAGAGAGAACAACAAUGUCAAUUGUGCAGCAGUGCUUCAAGGCGGACGAAACGGUUCACCUGAUCUUCGAGGCAUAUCAAAUCAAGGGCCAGGAGCAUAUUGAGGGUCUGCUAACGCUGGUCUCCUCAACGUCGGGCGGCACAUAUGCGCUGAUCUCGUUCUCCCUCCUGCGCACCCCGUUGACCGCUAGCAAUGAGCUGAAAAUAAACAAAGUAUUUCCAAUAAAUAAGACAUUUCAAUUGACGACGGAUACCAAGGGGUCCAUAACGGAGCAGCAAUUCGAUCUGUCAACGGACGAUGACAGGCCAAGCAAAUACUACUAUCAUCCGAUACGAACGGAAUUGGGUGCGGUCGAUUUUAAUGAAUUCUGUGCAAAAAUCAAUUCCUGCAAGAAAGCCAUGUGGGAGGCCGAAAUGCCGUCGGAAACGACGCUCAAUUUUCGUUGGCUCGACGAUUACCGUGAGAUUGGCGAAGUCAAGCAGGAGCUAAAGAAGCGCGAAAGCCAAUACAUUGUCUACAAGGAUAUUAUUAUCUACUGCGCCACAUGGAACGUUAAUAAUAGGCCCUGCUGGGAUAACAACAAUUCGCUACGCCCUUGGCUGGCAAGCGGCGAGAAGGCGCCCGAUAUCUAUGCCAUUGGACUCCAGGAGCUGGAUACCACGGCCAAGGCAAUGCUCAAUGGCAACCAAAUGCAAAUGUAUGCAGCGCAAUGGAUACGCAAGAUGGUGGAGAGCGUGCAUGAUGGUAUCGAGUAUGAGGAGCUGCAAUCGGUGCGCCUCUCUGGCAUUAUGUUGACAAUUAUUGUCCGCAAGCAGCUGCGUCAGCACAUCGUGCGCUGUCGCGUCAACUCUGUGGCUCGCGGCAUGUUCAAUGCGCUGGGCAAUAAGGGCGGCGUUGCCGUCAGCUUUCAGCUUAACGAGGCGAACAUAUGCUUCGUCAACUCGCAUCUGGCCGCGCACAUGAGCUACGUGGCGGAGCGCAAUGAUGACUACAAGGCCAUCGAGGAUGGCAUGCGCUUUGAGGAGAAUGGCCUACUGUGCCGCACCAUCAACGAUCAUGAUCAUAUUUUCUGGCUGGGCGAUCUGAACUAUCGCAUACAGGAGCCGAAUGGACAGCAGCGGCCGGGCCCGAUGAGCGAUGCCCAAACUUUUGAGCUGCUGCUACAGUACGAUCAGCUGCGCACGGAGAUGAGCCAUGACAGAUGCUUCAAGGGCUAUACGGAGGGUGAGAUUAAAUUUGCACCCACAUACAAAUACGAUGUGGGCACCGAUACCUAUGAUACGGGCGAGAAACAGCGUGCGCCAGCCUAUUGCGAUCGCGUCCUGUGGAAGGGCAAACGCAUCGAGCAGCUGGCCUACAAUAGUGUAAUGGAGAUACGUCAGAGCGAUCACAAGCCCGUCUAUGCCAUAUUCCGGGUGAAGAUUAAGACGCGCGACGAGGCCAAGUAUAAGCUGGUGCUGGGCGAAGUACUGAAGGCGGUUGACAAGCGUGAGAAUGACAAUCAGCCGCAGAUAAUCACAGAGCGCACCAUCAUCGAGUUCGGGCUGGUGCGCUUCAAUGAGCCAGCCAUACGGGACUUUAAUGUGUACAACAAUUGCCCGCAGCAGGUGGACUUUAAGUUUAAGGUCAAGGAUUCGCCAAAUGACAUAUGCGAAAAGUGGCUCCAUGUGGAUCCGCGCUCGGACAGCCUAAUGAUUGACUCGGCGCGCAGUAUACGCGUACGCAUGCUGGCCGAUCCCAAUUCGAUAACCGGCUUGCUUCAUAAGAUUUGCAAUACGCCCGGCAAAUGCGAUUUCGAUAUACUCAUACUGCAUGUCAGAUCCGGACGGGAUAUAUUCAUAACCGUAACGGGCGAAUAUCAGCCCAGCUGCUUUGGUCUAUCAAUGGAGACAAUGUGCCGCACCGAUCGACCGAUCGGCGAGUACAAGCAGGAUGAAAUCAAGCAGCUGAUGCUUGACGUGACGCCCGAAUGUCGUGUGACGAUGCCACGUGAAUUUUUCCUGCUUAUCGACUAUCUGCACAAGCAAGGUGAUCAGCUAAAGGGCAUUUUCCAGAGCUACGAUCGCCGGCAGCCGCUCAGCAGUCAAUUCAAUGCCGUGCGUGACUGGCUGGACACCUGGUCAGAGGAUGAGUUUCCGGGCACACCACAAACCGCUGCCGAGGCGCUGUUGUUGUUGCUUGACCUGCCGGAGCAGGCGCUGCUGGAGCCAUUCGUCGAGGAUCUGCUGGUCAGCAAAAGCAAGUCGGAGGCCAUGGAGCUAAUAGCGCUGCUGAGCGCACCCAAGCGCAAUGUGUUCAUGCAUCUGUGCAUGUUCCUGCGCGAGGGUAUCGAACGUAACGAUUACGAGGCAACCAAUGUCGCUGCGAUCUUUGGCCGUAUUCUGUUGCGCAGCAGCAAAUGCAACGUCACGACUGAUUAUCACAAUCUUUGCAGUCAGUUCAUGCGGCGCUUCAUCUACGUCGAUAGCCCCGAUACAAAUGCGGGCGGGAAUGGACAUGCUGGGGGUGCCAGCGGUGCCAGCGGUGCCAGCGGAGCCGGCGGAGCCACUUUGCAGGCAUAAUUCACGCGCAGUUGCACUUGUACAUGUAUAUACACAUAUAUGUAUCAACUAAAGAUAUGAAUGUACAUUAGUUAAUUAUUUAUUUUAAAUGUAAUUUGAAAUGUAUUUGCUUCGUUUGUCGAUGGCACGCUUACGAGCAGUUCCCUCUAUGGCUUAGCAUUUACCCACUAUAUAUAUAUAUAUGUAUAUAUAUAUAUAUAUAUAGAGAUAUCUGUUCUUUGUUUUACUUGUUAAUUGUUUACAGCACGCACAUACUGCAGCCCACUGUAUGUAUGUAUGACAUUUAUCUACACUCAAGUAUCCCAUGCAUAUUACCCAUAUAUAGUGCUUGUUGCCUAUAUUGGGCCGAUAUCAUAGGAUUGUAACCAAGACAUUUAUGCUAAUUCCAACCAAACACUUGGCUUCAACUUAAGAAAUUUACACUAUACAGUAAUAUACAUA